AUGAAGGAAGAAAAUGUAAUGCAGCAGGCUUACAUGCCUUUGGAGUUCCCUGGAUUUAUAGCUACAAGUACUUGGGACCUUGGCUUCUUAACUGCAGUUGGUGUCCUCUGCAACUGUGCCUCAGUUGGAAAUGAUUUCCUGGGUGUUAGCACCAGACCCACAGAUUCUCUUCACGAGCAGCCUGUGAGGACGGUGGUGACAGAUCACUGCCUUCAGGCCACCGGAUGGCUUUUGUCCUUGGACCUGAGCAGCAAGAAACCCUACCAGCUGCACGGCCUAUCCAACACUAUGCCGAAUGCUUCCAACACCAAGAACUUGAACCUCUCCAACACUGAGGCCAUCAGAGAAUGUUUCCCGAAGUUGUUACGCCUGGAUGGCCAAGAGUUACUGUCACCAGUUAUCAAUGAUGUUGACACCCCCUACGUAAUAAAGCCCUGAAAUGAAAGCUAUAAAGGAUCUGAGACACUGAAGAGUAUGAUCCUUUACUUCCUGCAGCAGUAUUACUUGAUCUGUGACUCUGGAGACCGAUAUGGUCUCCUCGGUGCUUAUCACCACAGGGCCUACUUCUCCCUGACGAUUCCCUUCCACCCCAAGGACACAGCCCCCAGCUUGUGUGAGUACUUCAAGGACAGCAGGAAUAUGAAGAAGCUCAAGGACACUUACCUGCGGGUCCAGCUGCUGAAGCACACAAAAUGUGUCAUUGUGCACAUUCUCUGUGUGUUGCCCAAGACUCAACAUGACUUCAGGUCCUUCGUGAUGGAUAUGUGGUUCCAGACGGUGAGCGCCUGCUUCCUCCCUCGGGUGGGCCCAGGAACCACAGGUGGGUGGGAGGUGGAGGUGAUUCCUUAUGGGAUAAAGUAUGACAGGACAUGGCUAAUGAACUCAAUCCAGAGACAUUGCAGUGUCCCCUUCACUCCAGUGAACUUCCACUUUGUGAAAAAUGGGGCUCGAUUCUUUGUCCAGGAAGCUAGCACUGCCUCUGCAUUGAUGGAUGUCAGCUACAAGAUUUGUGACGAGGAGAGCCGAAAGAUACCUGUCUUUGUCAGCCACUCUGCUAUUCCCUACACUGUGCGGUAUAAGUUGAAGCCAGAAGAAAUGGAGCAGCUAAAGCUGACCUUGAGCAAACGAUUUGAUGUCUCCCAGCAAGCUCUUGACCUCCAGAGGCUCCGCCUUGACCCAGACUUGGUGGGCUAUGAUAUUGAUAUAUUUCUGAAUCGAAGAAGCUGCAUGACUGCCACCCUGCAGGUCAUCGAAAAGAAUUUCCCUGAGCUGUUGUCCUUGAACUUGAGCAACAACAAACUGUACCAGCUGAAUGGCCUGUCUGACAUUAUACAGAUGGCCCUCACGGUCAAGAUCCUGAACCUCUCCAAAAAUGAGCUGACGUCUGUGUGGGAGUUGAACAAGAUGCAAGGGCUGAAGCUUGAAGAGCUGUGGCUGCAAGGGAACCCAUUGUGUGACACCUUCCCAGACCAGUCCACCUAUGUAAGGGCCAUCAGAGAAUGUUUCCCGAAGUUGUUACGCCUGGAUGGCCAGGAGUUACCGUCACCAGUGACCGUUGAUAUUGACACUCCCUACAUAGUAAAGCUCUGCAAGGGAAGCUACUUUGGAUCUGAUGAGCUGAAGAGCCUAGUCCUGCAAUUCCUGAAGCAGUACUACUUGAUCCAUGACUAUGGAGACAGACAGGUUCUCGCGGGUGCUUAUCACGAGGAGGCCUGCUUCUCCCUGAUGAUUCCCUUCCACCCCAAGGACCCAGCCCCAAGCAGCUUGUGCAAGUAUUUCAAGGACAGCAGGAAUAUGAAGAAGCUCAAGGACCCCUACCUGCGGGUCCAGCUGCUGAAGCACACAAAACGUGUCAUUGUGCACACCCUCUGUGUGUUGCCCAUGACUCAGCAUGCCUUCAGCUCCUUCGUGGUGGACACGUGGUUCCAGACGGAAUCGAUGCUCUGCUUCUCCGUCUGCGGAGUGUUCAAGGCAGUGGAAGGAAGUUCUCAGCACUGUGUGCGUUCCUUCACCCAGACCUUCAUCGCUACCCCUGCCCGCGACUGCAGUCUGUGCAUCGUGAAUGACGAGCUGUAUGUGAGGGAUGCCGACCCCAGCGAGACCCAGAGUGUGUUCUCCAUCCCACUGCCUACACCCACCUCCAGCUCCAUGCACCCCCUCUCCCAGCAGCAGCAGGACAUCAUGCAGGCAUCCUCCACCCCAUCUGAGAUGAACCGCUAGUGGUCUCAAAAGUCACCAGUAAGGGUCCUCUUUGUUGUUGUUAUUGUUGAUGAGUGUCAUUAUGAACUCCUGGCUUUUGAACAUGUUGAAUACAGUGAUGGUGGUAGACCACCUCAAGGAAGAAAGAAAGGCUGGUGUUCUUUCCCAGGUAAUUCUGGCGAGAGGAGCCCUCAUUAUGAACACGAUAGAUGUGAGCCUCAGCCCUCACAGCUCAAGGAGGAUGAUGGAAACGUCGUGAAGAAGGAUGUCCAGGAGGACCCCGAAGUAAGACAGUAA